UAUGCUAGAGCUUACUUGUACUAAAACAAAUGUUUAUGUAUAAGAAGAAAGAAGAUUGGAAGAAUAGAUGCCAAAAAAAGAGAUUGUGAAUGGUUUUUGUUUCUGCUUGUUUGCAUUUCUAAACUUUCUAUAAGUCCCUCACCAGACUCCCUCAUUCCCCAGGCUCAAUAGCUGUAACCACAAGCUUCACCACCUCCCACCCCGAUGCAUUGAUGGCAUCAUCCGUUCUACCAGCCCACCAGAGGUAGCCGUCUUCAUCCAUGAUCCCUCUGUCCCCUGUGAGGAAAUAAUAAAAAUAUGACAUUUAAAGAGUUAACGUGGAUGCUCACUGAAGAAGCAUUUGUAAUGAAAAUGGCAAGAGCAAACAUCCUUCCAAUGGCCAUGGGAAACCUUGGGAUGUCAGAAAGGAAGAAGGCAGUGCCAGAAGUGGGAGACGGGGGACCUGAGUUGGGAAGGACCAGAAACCUGAAGCCAGUCCAUAUUCUGCCUGACUAUUUCCGUCUUGGCCCUGAUGUUUUUGGAAUUCUGUGGAAGUUGACCAUUAUUAUUACUUCUUUGGGAAUUUCCGCAUUUUUAAUUUUUCUCUGGAGAACCGUCCUUGCUGUAAAGCCUCGAGUAUAUCAAGUUAAUUUACAUCAAAUUUCUGAGAAGAAGAAGAAUUACUUGAAAGAAAACUCAGAACUGGCCAAAAAAAUAUCUGUUUAUGAACAGAAGAUCAAUGAAGCAAAGAAAUGUGCUCAAGAAAAUAAGAGGCAGAACAAGAUUCUUAGUGAUGAAGCACAUAAAUUGGAGAAAAACAUCAAAAUGCUUGGAAGCAUUAAUGACAUGAUUGAAAGUAUAUCUGCUGAACUGGCAUCUGACAGAGAUCGAAACAGGGAGAAUCAGGACUUGUCAGGAGAUGUGAGUGGAGGAUUCAAGGAUUCGAAGCAGACAGCCUCGACGUCUAAUAAAUGUAAUCUAGAAGGUAUGUUGAUUGUUGGGAAGAAACCCCAUAUAGUAAAAAUGAGUUUGCAGUGA